GACUAAUUUAAUAAAAAACCGACUUAUGGAUAUGUAUAUAUAUCAUACACACGCAUAUAAAUCAAGAUAUAUUACAAAAGAAACCUCCUGGAACUUCUAGAAAGAGAGAGAGAACGAGCAGGAGGGAGAGGAAGAAAGAAUAGCAGGAGCACGGCUGAUUUCAAGUCUCAAUCAAUCUCUUUAAUUCUAUUUCAAGUGUUAAUUGAAUCUAUAAUCAAAGUUGAUUUUGUAGGUUCGAUAAAGGUGAGAAAUCAUUAUGGUGGGAUUUAAAAAUAGGUACUUCGUGAUGGAGGUGUUUGUGGAUCCAAAUAAAGAUAUUUCAAAAGACGAUCCGAUUAUUCUUAGCCAACAUAAUAUAUCGAAAGCGAUCAGAGACAGCAUUCUAGUCAACUUUGGCGAGUGCGGUCUUGCUUCGUCACUAGGAUCAUUCCAAGUCAAAUAUGUGAAUCACAUCACCAAAGUCUGUAUUAUCCGAGCUUCAAGAGAUGAGCAUCAAAAAGUUUGGGCUGCAAUCACUAUGGUCAGAAGUGUAGGAAAUUGCCCGGUGGUUUUCAACUUAUUGGACCUUAGUGGCAAUAUCAGGGUCUGUAAAUCUGCAGCUUUGAAGUGUGAAGAUUUGAAAUUCGAACAAUUUAAAGUUGUAUUUGGGGAUCCCCGAACAGAGGAUGUUAACAAACAUAUGCAAAAUCUUGAGAGAAUCAAAAUGUUAGAGCACUGAAAACACAUGUUAUUUUAUCUAUUUUCAGAUAUAUUUGGUGGUGCUUGUGGUCGCAAUGGGCUAAUUCAAUUUUGCUUUAGAGCUGCACACCUCAAACAGGUAUUAUUGUGUUAGCAAUCGUUUGUGGCUCAUCUUAUUUUCACUUUCCGGCUGUUCUUCAUCAACUUUGGCGCUUGCCUGAUUAUGGUGUGUGCAUGUCAUUGGAAAGAUCAAGUCCGUAAGUCAAGAGUUGUACUGUGAAGGUGUGAAGCCCGAUGGAGUUAAAUUUACCAAAACAGAUGUAUUCACUAUAGCGUGGCUAUAGUUUGGACGAAUAGUUGGGUAAUGAACUUGUGGAAGACAAAAUGAAAGCUUAAGUUGGAAUUAAGAUAUUGCAAAUGGUCGAAGUUUAUAUUUAUCAAUUUUCUCAUUUUUCAAUGUAUUUUUUUCAAUACGAUUAUAUAAACAUUCAUCUAUUUUGUUA